AUGUUCUCACAGAAGACUUUGAUCGCCGCUUGCGGCUUUGCCAGCGCUGCCUCUGCGCACAUGCUUAUGGGUAGUCCUGCCCGAUUCACCAGCCCGGCCGCUCACAAUGGUCCUUUGGCGGCAGAUGGAAGUGAUUUCCCAUGCCAAUUGGUUGCUGGGGGCUCUUACGCCGGCGCAGCAACUCAGAUGGCUCUGGGAUCCACGCAGCCACUCACAUUCAUCGGACAAGCUACCCAUGGUGGUGGUUCAUGCCAAGUUUCGAUCACGUAUGACACUGCUCCGACAAAAAAUAGUGUAUGGAAGGUCAUCCAUUCUAUUGAAGGUGGCUGUCCAGCCCAGAACACUGCAGGUAACAUGGGCGAUGAUGCUUCGGCCGCGGAUCCUUUCACGUACAGCUUUCCUAUUCCCGACAACAUUCCGACUGGCAAUGCCACCGUUGCAUGGACCUGGUUGAAUAAGAUUGGCAACCGUGAGUUCUACAUGAACUGCGGCGCGAUCGAAUUGACGGGAACUUCGGGCGACGAGUCCAACUUCAACGCUCUUCCGGAUAUGUUGGUUGCCAACAUUGGCAAUGGCUGCACUACCAAAGAGGGAUAUGACUACACAUACCCCAAUGCUGGUGACUCCGUCGAAAAGCUGGGUUCUGGACCUUUCACUGAGCCACAGGGUAGCUGCGGCGCGACUGGUUCGGGAUCUGACUCUGGCUCUGGGUCCGACUCCGGUAGCUCGCCUACCACCGCUGCGGCCGCUGCUCCAUCCACAUCUGCUGGUCUUCCAGGCGGUGUUUUUGUGACUGUCUCGAGCGCUGCGGCGGUAUCUACCCCAGUCGUUGCAUCCACUCCUGUUGCAUCCGUCCCAGUCGCCUCGACUCCACUUGCGUCCACGCCCGCUGCAGCUUCAUCUGCAGUUGCCAGCGCAGCACCGUCGAGUGGCUCGGGCAGUGAUUCCGGCUCUGGCCAGACCGUUGGCGCUGGUACGGCUGGUCUUGAGACUGCUGGCAGUGCUUGCAGUCCUGAAGGUCUGUGGAACUGCCUGGGCACCCAGUUUCAACAAUGUGCCAGCGGCGUGUGGUCCGUCGCGCAAUCCUUGGCUGCCGGCACCUCAUGCACCAUCGGGCAGUCUGCCGCCAUCGACAUCACAGCGUCAAGCGGAAAGAAGAAGCGCGUGGCUGUUCGAUUCCGAGGCUAA